AUGGAAGGUGGUCAAAGAAACUUCUGCAGUGGCAGCCAUUUGGCGCUCGGUGACGAGGACGACCGCACGGACGGUGGGCAGACUGAGGUGCAGGCGGGCGUUCUGAGGCAGGACGACGCUCUGCAUUUUUCCCCAGUGCCCGGCAGCCCCUCGUGGGACGCGCUGUCCUUCUUCCAGGAAGCGUCCACGCUGCUGGUGAUUGCGAGGAUACACCUCCAGAGAUUAGACACCGAGGAGGCGGUCCAGAAGGUGGAUGCGGCAGUCAAGCUGUCCAGAGACAACAAUUUCAAGGAGACGGAGGCCGCCGGGCUGCGGGAGCUGGCGGCGGUGGCGCUGCGGGAGGACCGCGAGCUUGCCCUGCAGCUGGCCUGCGAGGCCGUGCGCGCGGCGCUGGAGGGCGGCGCCCUGGAGCAGCUGGUGGCCGCCCGCAGGCGGGUGGAGGCUCUGCCGCCCAGCGAGCAGCUGCAGCUCGUCGUCGCCGAGCGCUGGGGCGAGCUGCUGGCGGCGGGCGGGCCGCUGGACGCCGGUCGCCUCGGCCUGCUCGCGGCGCUCAGCGAUCCGCGCCCCCCGCCCGCGCUGCGGGGCGACUUCUACGCCAGCUUCGAGGCCGCCGGGCUGUGCGAGGCGUGCUGCGAGGCCGUGUCGCGGUGCACCGGGCGCCCGGAGGGCGUGGACGCCCCCUCUGCGUCCGGAACCUGGCGCGCGGCCCGCCCCUGCGCGCCCGCCUGGCCAGCUCCGUGCAGGUCCUCGUGCCGUCGCUGGACGCGGGCCUUGAGGCGGGGCGUGCGGAGCUCCUCGCCGCGGGCGCGGCAGCGCUGUGCAACGUGUGCUGCGACGCGACGCUGA